AUGUCGUCUAAUCUGGGAUCCAUACCCGAAAGCACGUUCCCGGCGUGGUCGCAUUCGGUGCAGGAGUGUUUAGAUCGGUACCAGGUGGAUGCAGACAAGGGUCUAGAUCCCCAGGAUGUCGCGUGGCGACGGAGCCGAUUCGGCUUCAACGAGCUGGAGAAGGAACCGGGCACUCCGUUUUGGAAGCUGGUUGUAGAUCAGUUUAACGACACGCUCGUGAAGAUCCUUCUCGCCGCUGCUGCCGUGUCAUUUGUCCUCGCCUACGUGGACGAGCAGGAGGACGGCGGGAUAACGGCGUAUGUGGAGCCGCUGGUCAUUCUGCUCAUUCUCGUGCUCAACGCCUGCGUGGGCGUGUGGCAGGAGAGCAACGCCGAGCGCGCGCUAGAGGCUCUUAAAGACAUGCAGUCCGAGACAGCCAAGGUGGUGAGGGCGGGCGAGCACAUGGACGAUCUGCCAGCGCGGGAGCUAGUACCGGGCGAUAUAGUGGAGCUGCGGGUGGGGGACAAGGUGCCCGCAGACAUGCGCGUUAUAAGCCUCCUCACUUCCACGCUGAGGCUGGAGCAGGCGUCGCUGACGGGCGAGAGCAUGGCCGUGCAGAAGUCGGCGAAUGAGGUUCAGCAGGCGGACUGUGAGCUGCAGGCCAAGGAGAGCAUGGUGUUCGCGGGCACCACAGUGGUCAACGGCUCCAGCCGCAACCUGGUCAUUGCGACAGGCAUGAACACAGAAAUCGGCAAGAUUCAGCAGCAGAUCGCAGCAGCAGCAGCCGAAGAGGACGACACACCCCUGAAGAAAAAACUAGAUGAAUUCGGAGAGCGGCUGACCACAGUCAUCGGGGUGAUCUGCCUGCUCGUCUGGCUCAUCAACUACAAGUUCUUCCUCUCCUGGAAGGAAGAUCCGGCCGCCUGGUGGACAGGGGGGCUGAGAUUUUCCUUUUCUUUCCAGAAGUGCACUUACUAUUUUAAGAUUGCGGUGGCGCUGGCGGUGGCGGCGAUUCCCGAGGGGCUGCCUGCGGUGAUUACCACUUGCCUGGCUCUGGGUACGAGGAAGAUGGCGCAGAAGAAUGCGAUUGUGAGGAAGCUUCCUUCUGUGGAGACGCUGGGUUGUACCACUGUGAUCUGCUCCGAUAAGACUGGCACACUCACCACUAACCAGAUGGCAGUGUCCGCCCUGGUCCUCCCAGGCACGCUCCCCUCCACCUUCCUCUCCUUCGCCGUCGACGGAACCUCCUACAAUCCAGCCGACGGGGAAAUCCUCAACUGGGGGCGCUCAGUCACCUUUCCCAACACGCAAUCUCUCACACAAGCAGCUGUCCUGUGCAACGACGCGAGCAUAUCACUCAAGGGAGGCGCGUACAGGGCGUCGGGGCUGCCCACAGAGGCGGCGCUGCGAGUGCUGGUGGAGAAGAUUGGUGUGCCGGAUGACACGCUGCAGCUGAGCAUCCGGAAUAAGCGGAAGGGCGCGCCUGCGUCACACUUGCAAGACGCCAACGAGUGGUGGGGCAAGCAGUGGGAGAGGAAGGCGGUGCUAGAGUUUGAUCGGAGCCGCAAGUCCAUGAGUGUGAUUGUGAGGAGCAGCCAAGGGAAGACUCGCCUACUUGUGAAGGGAGCGGUGGAAUCAGUGUUGGAGCGCUGCACAUCCAUCCAACUAGCGGACGGCUCCAUAGUGCCGCUCACUUCCGAGGGCCGCAGAGCCACAGAGGCCGUCCUGACCGACAUGGCCUCCAAGGCCCUCCGGUGCCUGGCGUUCGCGUUCAAGGAGGGGCAGGCGAUGGGGGCACUGCAGGGGGAUGAGGGUGAGUGCAGGGACGAGGGUGAGUGCAGGGAUGAGGGUGAGUGCAGGGAUGAGGGUGAGUGCAGGGAUGAGGGUGAGUGCAGGGAUGAGGGUGAGUGCAGGGAUGAGGGUGAGUGCAGGGAUGAGGGUGAGUGCAGGGAUGAGGGUGAGUGCAGGGAUGAGGGUGAGUGCAGGGAUGAGGGUGAGUGCAGGGAUGAGGGUGAGUGCAGGGAUGAGGGUGAGUGCAGGGAUGAGGGUGAGUGCAGGGAUGAGGGUGAGUGCAGGGAUGAGGGUGAGUGCAGGGAUGAGGGUGAGUGCAGGGAUGAGGGUGAGUGCAGGGAUGAGGGUGAGUGCAGGGAUGAGGGUGAGUGCAGGGAUGAGGGUGAGUGCAGGGAUGAGGGUGAGUGCAGGGAUGAGGGUGAGUGCAGGGAUGAGGGUGAGUGCAGGGAUGAGGGUGAGUGCAGGGAUGAGGGUGAGUGCAGGGAUGAGGGUGAGUGCAGGGAUGAGGGUGAGUGCAGGGAUGAGGGUGAGUGCAGGGAUGAGGGUGAGUGCAGGGAUGAGGGUGAGUGCAGGGAUGAGGGUGAGUGCAGGGAUGAGGGUGAGUGCAGGGAUGAGGGUGAGUGCAGGGAUGAGGGUGAGUGCAGGGAUGAGGGUGAGUGCAGGGAUGAGGGUGAGUGCAGGGAUGAGGGUGAGUGCAGGGAUGAGGGUGAGUGCAGGGAUGAGGGUGAGUGCAGGGAUGAGGGUGAGUGCAGGGAUGAGGGUGAGUGCAGGGAUGAGGGUGAGUGCAGGGAUGAGGGUGAGUGCAGGGAUGAGGGUGAGUGCAGGGAUGAGGGUGAGUGCAGGGAUGAGGGUGAGUGCAGGGAUGAGGGUGAGUGCAGGGAUGAGGGUGAGUGCAGGGAUGAGGGUGAGUGUAUGAGGGUGAGUGGGAGUGAGGCUCUGUGUACUGGACUGAUGCUGUGCUGGCAUGCCAUCACUUGUUGCUGGACAGAAAAAUUGAUGGGAGGAUCUAAGAGGGACAUUUCCUUGCUCCUGUCUUCCAUCCCGCAGGACCCACCUAGAGAAGAAGUGCCGGCAGCAGUGGAGGAUUGCCGGGCGGCGGGCAUAAGAGUGAUGGUGAUAACAGGCGACAACAAGAACACAGCGGAGGCUAUCUGCCGUGAGAUCGGCGUGCUGGGCCCAUCGGACGAUCUCAGCUGUUGCAGCUUCACGGGCAAGGACUUCAUGGAUUUGCCUGCUGCCACCAGGAUGGAGAUUCUUAAGGUGCCUGGUGGCAAGGUGUUUUCCCGUGCGGAGCCGAGGCACAAGCAGGAGAUAGUGCGCAUGCUCAAGGAGCAGGGCGAGGUGGUGGCCAUGACGGGGGAUGGGGUGAACGACGCCCCUGCGCUCAAGCUGGCGGAUAUCGGCAUUGCCAUGGGCAUCGCCGGCACUGAGGUGGCGAAGGAGGCAUCAGAUAUGGUACUGGCGGACGACAACUUCAGCACCAUCGUGGCUGCAGUGGCGGAGGGGCGGUCCAUCUACAACAACAUGAAGGCAUUCAUCCGCUACAUGAUAUCGAGCAACAUGGGCGAGGUGGCAUCCAUCUUCCUCACUGCCGCCCUGGGCCUGCCAGAGAACCUCAUUCCCGUGCAGCUGCUGUGGGUCAACCUCGUCACGGACGGACCGCCUGCCACAGCACUGGGGUUCAACCCGCCCGAUGAGAAUGUGAUGCGGCAGCAGCCCCGCAGGAGCGAUGAUGCUCUGGUCACCGCCUGGGUGCUGCUGCGAUAUGUGAUCAUAGGCAUGUGCGUGGGCAUCACAACGGUGGGAGUAUUCGCCAUCUGGUACACGCACUCCUCCUUCCUCGGCAUCGACCUCUCAAACCUCUCACUAUGCCCUCCAUGUUACCCCUCGUUUCCCCUUGCCAUGCAGAUCAUAGGCAUGUACGUGGGAAUCGCAACAGUGGGAGUAUUCGCCAUCUGGUACACGCACUCCUCCUUCCUCGGCAUCGACCUCUCAAACCUCUCACUAUGCCCUCCAUGUUACCCCUCGUUUCCCCUUGCCAUGCAGAUCAUAGGCAUGUACGUGGGAAUCGCAACAGUGGGAGUAUUCGCCAUCUGGUACACGCACUCCUCCUUCCUCGGCAUCGACCUCUCUCAGGACGGCCACUCGCUGGUCUCCUUACACCAGCUGCGCCACUGGGACCAGUGCCGCUCCUGGCAAGACUUCUCCGCCGCGCCCUUCACCGCCGGCGCGCAGACCUUCUCUUUUAAUCACGACCCGUGUGACUAUUUCGAGUCGGGCAAGGUGAAGGCGACGACGCUGUCGCUGUCGGUGCUGGUGGCGAUUGAGAUGUUUAACUCGCUGAAUGCGCUGUCAGAGGAUGUGAGUCUGACGAGGAUGCCUCCGUGGGUGAAUCCCUGGCUGCUCGUGGCGAUGACCCUCUCCUUCUCGCUGCACUUUCUCAUCCUCUAUGUGCCGUUCCUCGCUAACGUGUUUGGGAUCGUGCCGCUGAGCUUCAAUGAGUGGCUGCUCGUGCUCGUGACGUCGCUCCCGGUCAUCUUGAUAGACGAGGUGCUUAAGAAGAUUGGCAGGGAGAUGCACAAGGCGCCGGCUCAAAGGAAAGUCAAGGCGGAAUAG